AUGAAUGAACAGUUAAGCUCCUUGGAUGAUGAAGAGCUGAGUAUGCAUGAGAAACAAAUCUCGGAUAAGCUAGAAGUAAUUGAAAACAAGUUAUCCCGGCUCAAGUCGCAAAAGGCACAUCUUCUAGAUCUCCACGAGCAAAUACAGGACCUUCGGAAGCAGCGAAGAUUAAUCCAGCACACGGGAAGCAGUUGGGAUGGGGAAGAGUUCCCAUGGUCCGCCAAAGCAAGGCAACUUCUCUCUACCGUGUUUUCUGUGAAAGAAUACCGACCCAAGCAGCUGGCAACGAUUAAUGCUCUCAUGUCCGGCCACGAUGUUUUGUUUCUCGCUCCAACCGGUGCAGGCAAAAGUUUGUGCUUUCAGUUACCUGCCUUGCUAAGCGAUGGUCUGACGGUGGUCAUUUCACCGCUUAUUUCACUCAUGGAAGAUCAAGUGUGGUCAUUAGAUCGGUUGAAAAUCAAAGCCAAAUUGCUCUGUAGCACCAUCGAUAAGAAUGACAUUAAUCAGAUACACAGGGAACUCAGCGAGAAGCGUAAGCCGACCCUAAAGCUACUGUACGUAACACCGGAACGGUUGUCCAAGAGUAAACGUUUCAUGACUGCAUUGCAGAAGUGUUACAAUAACGGGCAUUUGGAUCGCUUCGCUAUAGAUGAAGUACACUGUUGUUCUCAGUGGGGUCAUGACUUCCGGCCCGAUUACAAAUUUCUCAAUGUGCUUAAGGAGAUGUUUCCCAAGUCUCCCUUGCUAGGGGUUACUGCGACAGCCACCACGAAAGUCAUCAGCGAUGUGCAGACGAUGCUUAACAUCCCGGACUCGUUACUGUUUGUGGCGUCAUUCAAUAGACCAAAUCUUUACUAUCACGUAUUGGCGAAACCUGCCAGUAAGCAGGAACAGUACGAUCUGAUCACAAAUCUACUCGUUUCCCGGUUUCGGAACCAGUCCGGUAUCAUCUACACGUACUCGAUGAAGGAUGCAGUUGACAUUAGCACAGCGUUAAUGUCGCGUGGAUUGAAGGCGGGACCGUAUCAUGCGAAUCUGGACUCAGCGGACAGGACCAAAAUACACAAGCUCUGGUACAACGAAGAUUUGCAGGUGGUCGUUGCAACGGUCGCAUUCGGUAUGGGGAUCAAUAAGGGCAAUGUACGGUUUGUGAUACACCACACGCUGAGCAAAAGUAUGGAAAACUUCUACCAGGAAAGCGGCCGUGCCGGGCGGGAUGGAGGACCAGCGGAUUGCAUACUGUUGUACAACUUUGUAGACAUGUUUCGCAUCACAACGAUGACUUUUUCCGAACAUACCGGACUGAAGAAUGCGUAUGCAUUGGUGAAAUAUUGCAUCACUACCAACGAAUGUCGAAGAAAGAUCAUUGCGCAAUACUUUUCAGAAGUAUGGGGCGCCGAAAAUUGUAACGCCAUGUGCGAUCGAUGUGUGAACACCGAUUUGGUUCGUCCGCAAAAGGAAAUCGCUCCGUACGUUCAGCAGUUGUACCGUAUUAUCGAGAAAGCCGACAUGGAGCAGAUGAACGUAACCGGUCUAAAGCUAGUCGACGCUUGGAUGCACAAAGGACAGGCCCAUCUUCGGCUAACGGAUCCAGCUCCGCUCAUUGAUCGUACGAUAGCGGAACAGAUCGUGGCGUACCUCAUCGUGAACGGUUACCUGAAGGAAUCGUUCGUAUUUACACCGUACGCAACGCUUAGUUACAUCAAGCGAGGAUCAGCGCGAGUUUCGAACAAUACACUGAAGUUCCGAUAUGGUAAGUUAUUUCCGCUCGUACCUGACGCAGACCGGACAAAUGGACACACUAAGUCAUCGACUAGUAAAGCGAAGAAACGGCCGGUUGCUGUACAGACGAAUGGAAGCGCUGUUAAACGCCGGAGUACACGGUUUAUGAGCUCGACCGAUAGCACCGAAGACGAAACGGACAUUUCACCUCCUGCGAGUGAACUGUCUCCUGAUGACAUAGUUAUCCAAGAUGAUGUAGAAGUGAUCGAGCUAGAUGGAGAUUAA